AACGAAUUACCACAGCAAAAACUACAGUCAAUUUGGCAUCUUCUCCAUCUUAAUCCACCACUCUCUAUUUAUUUCCUCUUCUUGAAAGUCAUUAAAACGUAGUAGUGGAUUUUGUCUUUUGGUCUUGGAGCAAAUGGGUAAGAGAAAAUAAUAUUUGCUGUGAUCUCCCAUUCACUGCUGUCAAAGUUUACCCUGCAAACAUUUACUUACACUUUCCAAAACCUAGAGUGUGCAAAAGGUCUAUUGUGUGUGUGUUUUUAAUGCUUAUUAGAGUGUCUCACUGUUAGCUUAGCUACAUGCUAACAUUAAAAGUUGGAUGUAUGGAUAGACAGAUAGACAUUUUGGAUGGAUGGAUGGAUGGACGGACGGACAGACAGCUAUACAUAUUGGAUGGAUGGACGGACGGACGGACAGACAGAUAUACAUAUUGGAUGGAUGGAUGGACAAACAGAUAGACAUAUUAGAUGGAUGGAUGGACAGACAGAUAGACAUAUUAGAUGGAUGGACAGACAGACACAUUGGAUGGAUGGAUGGAUGGAUGGAUGGAUGGACGGAUGGACAGAAAGAUAGACAUUGAUUGGAUGGAUGAAUGGAUGGACAGAUAGACAUAUUGGAUGGAUGGAUGAAUGGACGGAGAGUCAACAGCAAGGCAGCUCAUUGGGUUUUGAAAGAAAGCUCUUAUCUACAUCAACAGAGCAUUAAAUAUUUUAAAAGGAAAUGUAACUCCAUGGCUGGCAAACAAAUAUAACAAAGAGCUCCAUUUUUCCUCCAAUUCUGUAAAAUGUUUAUAUUUAUAAGAAAGAUGCAGAGCUGGGGUCUGUACUGUGUAUUAUGAGUGCCUGGAAAUUCAUGACAAGUCAGGGGCCACAUCAGUAUCUAUGGCUCCUAGAUUUGAUGGGAUGUGUAAAGUCUAUUCCUCUUGCCAAAUGAAGUGAGCCUCUUUCAUCAGGAUCAAUAUAUGCUUGAGAACCUGCCAGGCUAGGAAUCAUAAAUCUGGCUUGCAGAGAGAGAGAGGACAGAUAGGAGAGAGAUGGAAAGAGAGAGCAGCUCCUCUCAGCCUAAUGGAGGACAGUUCAAAAGUUUAACAUGCUGGCCACCCGCUCAUGUCUUUACAACCUCUUUGAGUCAUUGUGUGAGGGUGAGGGCCGAUCACGUCGAUGGCCAUUAAACCGAAUGCUGGGCUAGUCUGCGGUAGAGGGGUGUGUUGGAUGCAUUAGGGAAAUUGGCCCUGUCUGCCUGAGACGGUAUACUGUACUGAAGUAAUUACAACUGCUGGAGGGAUGCUGAGGCCAGACUUUGCCUUUGCGAAUGUGUGUGCGCGUAUCCAUGCAUGUCUGGAAUAGUCUGCCGCAGAGGGUCCACGCCCCGCCCUCCCGUCUCGCCCAGUAAAGCGGCUGCCAACGGGAUAGUGCUGGGGCUGUAUUGAUGAGAUGGAUAAGGAGGGAGAUAGGAGUAGAGAGACAGAUGGGGCUUUGGGCCAGGCCAUGGCAGUGCUGGGGAGCCUAAGCUCAGGGUCAUCGCCAGCUGAUUAGCAGCAGCAGCAGGAGCCCCAGCCCCAGCCCUGAUGAUGCACGCCCACAGAGGAUCUGAGCUCAGAUGAGGCAUCCAAGGAAACAUCCACCUGCAGGAUGGGACUAACCUGCUUCAAGUCUUGGAAGUACAACAGCGCUGCACAGAAAGGAGGAAACAGGGAUGUGCUGGUUAGUCCUGGCUCAUAUUUCUUCCUAUCAAACAGCUGUGGUCAGGGAGAGGAGUGGCUGAAGAGCCUAAACAAGGGCAUCUGGAUACCUUUUACAGGUGUGUUUGGUCAGAGGUUGGAGGAGACUGUCCUAUAUGAGAGGAGGUAUGGGGAACACAUGGCUCCUCUGGUGGUGGAGCAGUGUGUAGAUUUCAUCCGAGAGCAUGGGCUUACGGAGGUGGGACUCUUCAGGCAGCCCGGCCAGGCCACGCUGGUUAAAGAGCUGCAGGAAGCUUUUGAUGCUGGGGAGAAACCAACCUUUGACAGCAGCACAGAUGUCCACACAGUGGCUUCUCUACUGAAGCUAUACCUCAGGGAGCUGCCUGAGCCCCUGGUGCCAUUUUCUUGUUAUGAGGAGUUUCUUGUGUGUGGCAAAAGGAUCCCAUCAGACAGAGAGCAGGGCUUGCAGGAGUUGAGGAUUCUCCUUCAUGAGCUUCCUGUGGCAAAUGUCAACCUGCUGAAAUACAUCUGCCAAUUUUUAAAUGAUGUCCAGUCAUACUCCAACAUUAACAAGAUGAGCAUCGAGAACUUGGCAACUGUUUUUGGGCCAAAUAUCCUCCGGCCCAAAGCAGAGGACCCAGAAAGUAUCAUUGGAGGGGCAGCAGUUGUGCAACAUUUGAUGUCCGAACUGAUCCGAGAGCACAGUUUGCUUUUCUCCAGAGAGAACUACAGCCCUCCUGAAGCCUCUUUAUCAGCCAUUCACCCCAUAAACAGACACAGUAACCUCGUGGAAUGGGUGCACGGUGAACCAACUGCCCACUCUAGGGAGUCACUGUUAAGUGAAUAUCAUGCCCCACUUCCAGAUCAGAGUGUAGGUGGUCCACAAAAACUAUCUAUGCCUUUCAUGACAGGGGGGACAGAGUCUUUUCAAAGCCCUUGUGAUGCCCAUCAUUUAUCAGUGACGGAGCGACAGCUUCAAGUGGACUCUUCACCAACCAGCUCUGCUCUGAUUUAUGACAACCACAGUCAACAAGGCUCAGCACAAGAAUCUCUCCAUAUAAGACAUGUGCCAACACCCAUCACCCCAUUACCUGCCUGCUCUUCAAUGCCCAGAGUGCAAGAAACUGGAGUUGAAACUUUUGUCCAGUCAAAGAGCUGGCCUGAUAUGGGGGAGCCCAACUGGGGGCAAGAGAGAGCCCUUGGGGAGAGUGGAGGCAGCAGUGAAGUCCAGGACAGUACCCUUUCAGUCUAUGACAACAUUGGUACUGAGCAGCAGAGGGAGGGAUGUAUGGAGGACAGGGAGUCAGGCAGUGGUACUGUGGAGGCAAAAGGUGGUACUACCAGUAUGGCAGACAUUAGCAGCUCUUGGUCCUCCUGUGAGAUAGUGCCUUUAGAUGGAGGCAGUAGAAGAGGUGGAGCUGGAAGUCCUUGCCAUGGUUCUCCUGUUUGCUUCCACUCUUUCAGAAUGGACUCUGGUGAGGAAGACCCUCACCCUAACUCCCCUGCUUCCUCUUCUGCUCCCACUGAUGCACCUUUAAGCACUGGCAGCAGUGAGGUCUUUUUGCCAAAUGCCCCCCAAGAACCCCUUGGCAUUCCUGCCUCCCAUGCUAUACAUUGUCUCGUUGCAGGGCUUCGGCAACAGAUGGCAAGGCAAAAGGCUGAGUACGAGGCAAAAAUCAACAGGCUGGAGCAGAAAAACAAGGCACUCCAGGGGGAGGUUGCAGGUCUGCGAUCAACUCUGGAGCAGCAACGUCGCUGGGUUAGCGUGGCAGAGAUCAAAAUGCGAAAUGUAGAACAAGCACAAGCUGACGCUGACCGGCGCAAUGCCACUCUGCAACAGGAAAUGGAGCAGUUCUUUAAAACAUUUGGUGAGCUGAACGCAGAGGCUCGAAAAAUUAAUCGCAUUGUUCAGAGUUUUUGAAAUAUUCACAUGAUGUGCAGUAAAACCAACAACAGCAGCAUAUGAAAGUUUUCCAUGUUUUAGAGUAAUAACACUGUCAAAACAGUCAACUGCAUCUGUCUCAGUCCUGUACAAAUGAGGAUGCAUUCCUGAGGGAAAAUAUUGCCCCACUUUCAAGUGUAGUUAAGUUGCCUGAAAGACUGUAUGGAUCAGCAUGUUCAAUGUGAAGUAAUUUUCAACUAAAAGGCAUAUUUAUGCCACUUAAAUGAUAAAAGACAAUGGAAUGGCCCAAAAGUUGGAUCAAGUUUCAUGAUCUCUUGUAAGCAUGGAUGCCAUUUAAGAAAAGUAGACCCUUGGAAUGAUUGGAACAGAUAAACUGCAUUGGCUGGAGGUCACUGUAAAGUUUCAAUCCACAAAACAGUCAUUCCCUGUACAAAAACAUACCAUUCAUAGAUUAAUUGUAUUUGUACCACAAUAAAACAUAAGAAAUCAACAGU